UUGCGCAAGCUUCAAUGUUUGGCCUUAAUUUAUUUGUCACAGAGUCGGUGUGUAUUCUGUACCGGUCCAAAAUGUGUCUCGUUACAAUUCGAACAUGGAACGCAACACAGGUUUCACGAGCACCAUAUCAUAACUAAGUAGGAAUAGUUCUGUUCUGUAAAAGUUAGUUAGAUCAAUAAAGCCCAUACCACACCCAGGCUAAGAGCCGGCGCGGUAAGGAAGGAAGGGCAUUGUACGGUGCGAAGUACGCACCUACCGUAGUCUCUCUUCCCCUUCGAACAUCUCCUCUGCUAAACUCAACCUCCGGCAAAGCUAUUGUGUCUUUCUCAAAUUCACCCAAAAACCCUAAAUUCUCUCUCUGGUUCUCUACCCUUCUUCGCUAUCAGAUUGUCUGCAGAUUUUGUAAUACUUAUGAAUGGCUUGGAGGGUGCUUCAUAAAAGGGGAAGUCAUGCUAUUCUUUCUAGAGCUCUAACUUCAACACUAGUAAAGCAAGCAGUGCUGCCAAUUUCUUCUCCUGCCACUGGGAGAUGUGUACCAGAGACCUCUUUCAACCCAGACUAUGGUUACCAUCAAGUGUUGGUUAAAGAACCCCAACUAAGGUGCUAUCAUGUAAGCACAAGCCUUUGUGCAAGAAUGAAAAAUGAAGGGCCUUUAGGUUUGAAGACUCCCAAAAGAGAGAAGUUUAUAAAAAAGGAGAAUAAAAGCCAACCUCCUGUUGAAGCUCCAUAUGUACCUCCACGUUUGCAAAAGCCCACCAAAUCUUUGCUGGAUAAAACAAUAGACAUAUUUGAGGGUAUGACAAUUCUGGAGCUUUCCAAGCGUACCGGAGAGUCAUUAUCCAUUCUGCAAAGUAUCCUUGUAAAUGUUGGGGAAAAGGUUGUCUCAGAGUUUGAUCCUCUCAGCGUUGAUGUUGCGGAGCUGGUAGCAAUGGAAGUUGGGAUCAAUGUUAGGAGGCUUCAUUCCAGUGAAGGUGAAGAAAUUCUUCCUAGGCCCCCGGUUGUUACUGUUAUGGGUCAUGUUGACCAUGGGAAAACUUCUCUUUUAGAUUCUUUACGUCAAACAUCUGUGGCUGCUAAGGAAGCUGGGGGCAUAACUCAGCAUCUAGGUGCUUUUGUGGUGGCCAUGCAAUCAGGAGCAGCCAUUACGUUCCUUGAUACGCCUGGUCAUGCAGCAUUUAGUGCGAUGAGAGCAAGAGGUGCUGCAGUCACAGAUAUAGUUGUGCUAGUUGUAGCUGCUGAUGAUGGGGUGAUGCCUCAAACUCUUGAAGCUGUGUCCCAUGCAAAGGCAGCCAAGGUACCGAUUGUUGUUGCAAUUAAUAAGUGUGAUAAACCAGCUGCAGACCCAGAGAGAGUUAAACUCCAACUAGCCUCAGAGGGCUUGCUGUUAGAGGAUAUGGGGGGAGAUGUACAAGUGGUUCAAGUUUCAGCAGUGAAGAAGACAGGAUUAGAUGACUUGGAGGAGUGUCUGCUUCUCCAAGCAGAGAUGAUGGAUCUAAAAGCCCGUGUUGAUGGGCCUGCUCAAGCUUAUGUGGUAGAGGCAAGACUUGACAGAGGAAGGGGUCCAUUGGCCACUGCCAUAGUGAAAGCGGGGACUUUGCUUUGUGGCCAGCAUGUGGUUGUGGGCUCUGAGUGGGGUAGGAUUAGAGCUAUUAGAGACAUGUCUGGGAAGUUGACUGAGAAGGCAAAACCUGCGAUGCCUGUUGAAAUUGAAGGACUGAAGGGACUGCCAAUGGCCGGCGAUGAUAUUGUCGUUGUGGAGUGUGAGGAGCGAGCUAGAAUGCUUAGUGCUGGGAGGAAAAGGAAAUUUGAGAAAGAUAGGCUUAUGAAGAUUAGUGUGGGGAGAGCAGACAUUCCUGAAGCAUCAGAAGAGGUACCUAAGUGGGUUGAGAUGCCAGUAAUAGUAAAAGCAGAUGUUCAGGGGACUGUCCAAGCUGUUACAGAUGCAUUGAGGAGUCUAAAUAGUCCUCAGGUUUUUGUGAAUGUAGUACAUGUUGGUGUUGGCCCUAUUUCUCAGUCAGAUUUAGACUUGGCAAAAGCAUGCGGUGCUUGCAUAGUUGGCUUCAAUGUUAAACAUCCACCUAGCUCCAUCACAUUGGAAGCUACUCAAGCUAGCAUUAAGAUAUUUCUGCACCGUGUGAUCUAUCACCUUUUGGAGGAUGUUGGAAAUUUAAUAGUAGAGAAGGCCCCCGGAACUUCUGAAACCCAUGUUGCUGGGGAGGCUGAGGUGCUGAAUAUAUUUGAGCUCAAAGGAAGGAGCAAGGCCAAGGGAGCAGAUGUGAGAAUUGCAGGAUGCCGAGUGCUCGAUGGUUAUCUAACCAGAUCAUCAACCAUGCGGCUUCUGAGAAGUGGGGAAAUUUUGUUUGAAGGGUCCUGCACAUCUCUCAAGCGAGAAAAGCAAGAUGUUGAUACAGUGAAGAAGGGGAAUGAAUGCGGGCUCGUGAUACAUGAUUGGGAUGAUUUUCAGGUUGGAGACGUCAUUCAGUGUUUGGAGCAAGUGGUAAGAAAGCCCAAGUUCAUUUCCUCUGAGAGUGGUGCUGUUCGAAUUGAAUGCUGACACAAAAAAUGUUUCUUUUUUCGGGCAUAUACUAUAGUUAGUUAUUUAGAUUCACUUCUAUUUGUUAGAUGAUUUCUUUUAUACAUAAUUAUCAUCUAAAAGAGCUGAACAUGAUGAGGUCCAUUCACUCAUCUCGAAGAUUUUGCUUCUCAAAGGUUUAUACACUCAACACUCAAUAUAAACUUAUAUGUGAGUCAGUUUUGGAAGAUUAAAGUAGAGACACUUUUGCUAGGUUUUGAUUUACAUUUUUGUACCUUGAAUAACUCAACAAUGAUUGUAAGAAAAAUUGAACAGAAGAGACUUUUUCCCCGGCA